CAAUCACUGAAGAUGAAGCCAGCAAAAAUACUAUGAUUGUUCGGAGGCAAGGUUUCCGUAACAGUGUAACCUUUUAUAUGACUACGAGGGGAUCCAAAAAUGUCGACCAGUUCAACCCUGAGCAACUAUUAUGUGGACUCUAUAAUGGGACACGAGACGGAGGACGUGUACGGACCGCGCUAUGUUCAGAGCCCGCACUCGGCAGCAGCUAGGCCGUCAGGUGUAGGGGAAAAUGCGGAUUUCUCCUCCUGUAGCUUUGCUCCCAAGACAGCCGUGUUCCCGACGUCCUGGUCUUCGGUUCAUCCGCCGUCCACGGCUACGGUGUCCGGAAUUUACCAUCCGUACGUGCACCAGUCCCACAUCGCAUGUGCAGAUAACAGAUAUGUGCGUUCUUGGGUAGAUCCGAUCUCGAACCAUAUCUCCUUUUCCGGCUUCCAUUCGAGUAGUCGUCAAUGCGGGACAAAAGCGGAAACUUUACCGCCGAAAAGGACUGAGAGCUCUGCGUUCGGCCCUGACACCCCGGCAGCCCCAGACUACAGCUGUAGCGCCCUGGCCGAGUGUGUACAGAAAGCUACCAAAGAUACGGCUGACAACGAUAUUUCCAACCAAAGCGAGCCCAAAGACGAGAAACAUCAUCAACAACAACUUGACCCAAGCAACCCAGCAGCAAACUGGAUUCAUGCACGUUCAACGAGAAAGAAACGAUGUCCAUAUACAAAAUACCAAACACUGGAACUGGAAAAGGAAUUUCUUUAUAAUAUGUAUUUGACGAGAGAUCGCCGUUAUGAAGUUGCACGAAUUCUGAAUUUGACGGAGAGGCAGGUGAAGAUCUGGUUCCAGAACAGAAGAAUGAAAAUGAAGAAGAUGAACAGAGAGAGGGGAAGUCAGGAGCCUCAGUGAAUAAUACUGCGGGCAGUGCAGUGUGUCCUCUAUGUAUAUGAGUAAUAUGUUACGUUUAGGUCGAGGUUGUUGGAGCCUCAUUGGUUUACGUUCUUUGUGUGUCAAAUUAUUUUAUGGAAAAAACCCACAAGCUUACAUUCUGAUUUUUGUUUUUUUGAUUGGAUGUAUAGAGUCUUAAAAUAAUUAUGAUUUGUUCAUUUUUGAAACAAAUGUUCAAAUGGUUGUGCACGAAGGUAAAGUACAUACAUUAGUUAUGUUAAAUGCAAUGUUGAUUGUGUUUUUUUAGUGUACACUUAAUUAAAUCUUAAUAGUACACUGACGAGGAACAGUAUUCAUGGAGCAGUAAUAGGCCACGCUACUCUCCCUAGCUGCUAACACCCAACAUGUAGUAUUAAUUCAGUAGGUAUAUUUGGGUAUAAAUCUAAAUACGAAGACAAUUUUGACUUACCGUUGUUGCAGGAUUAAUUCAGUAACAAAAUGUUGUUGAGGAUUAGUUUAGUUGAGAUCUAAAAGGUCUUACCUAGUUCGAGUGCUGGCUAUGGACAGAGAUUCAUUUAACACUACAAUGUACGUAAAAAUGUAUCUAUGUAUGUCCAUAUACUGAACGUGUAAACAAGUAUUAGGUGCUUAUUUGUGUUGUAAUUUAACAGCGUUCAAUAUCGCUUAUUUGUCUCAGACAAUACUGCACUUAUAAGUAUUUUAAAGACUUUAACAUGACUUUAUGC